CUGAAUUUAACAUAAUUAACCAAAAACAAAAAUAAACUCUUACAGAAAAUACUAAAGAAAAAAGAAAAUAUAAACAUGGUUAAAGCUAUUUUAAUGGCGGCCACCAUUUUUCCAACCAUAUCAACAAUCACCAUGGCAAUAGGAACGAAAUUAAGAAAUGGUAAUUCAAUGACUAAAUAUAGCAACCAGCUGAGAUGUGAUGAUAUUCCGCAAAGUCCUGCUCUGUUGUUGGACAGACCUGUAAUUAAGCUUCACAGCCCAAUUAGUACAAAGGAAAAUGAGCUUGAGCAUCAAGUUCAGAAAAUUAGGGGACUAAUGAAAAGAAAAGCAAGCGACUACGUAGAAAUGGAAGAAUUAGUAAUGAUAGAUGCAGUGCAACGAUUGGGUCUUGAAGAUUAUUUUGAGGAAGAAAUUAUAUUUGUUUUAGAAAGGCUUUAUGCAAAAUUUUAUUCUUUGCAAGAUGUUGAUCAUGGUUUAAACUAUCAUGAGCUUGCUCUGAGCUUUAGGUUAUUGAGACAUCAGGGAUAUUACUUAACUGCUGCAGAUAUUUUUGAAAAAUUAAAGGAUAAGGAUGGAAAAUUAAAGGAAGAAGUUGGCAAAGAUUUGAAAUCAUUGUUGAGUAUAUUUGAAUGUUGUCAAUUAGAAACAGUAGAAGAAGAUGAAGAAGAAAUAUGUGGUGAAGUUAAAGAUAUAAUUGGGCAGCUGUUAGAAACAUCUAUGAAUACCAUUGAGGAAGAACAAAAGGCAAGAUUAAUUGACAAUACUUUAAGAAAUCCUUGCCAUAAAAAUGUUGCAAGACUUUCAGCUUCACCUUUCCUUCAAGAUUUCAGUUUUUCGUUAGAGUUCCUCCAUGAUUUCAGUAAUCUCAAAGAUCCAUGGAUCUAUGAAGUUCAAGAACUGGCCAGAAUUGAUUUUGAUAUUGCGCGGAUGAAUUAUAGAACUGAACUACACCAAAUUUCUAAAUGGGGAAAAGAACUAAAUUUGGAGGAUAUGAAUUUUGCGCGGAUAGAACCAUUGAAGUGGUGCAUGUGGUCAUUGGGAGUAUUCCCAGGACCAAAUAUGUCACAACACAGAUUAGAGCUUGCUAAAGCUGUUUCUUUUAUUUACAUUAUUGAUGACAUUUUUGACAGUCAUGACUCCUAUCAUCAACUCCAUCAAUUCACUCAAGCCAUCCAUAGAUGGGAAUACGGUGAUGUUGAGCAAUUACCCAAGUCCAUGAAAGUUUGCUUCAAGGCUCUUCAAGACACCACACAUGAUUUCAGCUCUAAAAUUAAGAGGAAGUUUGGAUGGGACCCACAACCAUAUUUACAAAAACUGUGGGCAGAACAAUUAAGAUGUUACCUUGUUGAAGCAAAAUGGAGAUUUACAAAAUACUCCCCCAGUCCUGAGGAGUACCUAAACAAUGCCAUUAUUACCUCUGGAACACAUGUAGUUUUGGCGCACGCAUUUUUUCUUUUGGGCCAUGGAAUUAACAAUAACAGUCUUCAUGACUUUAUUAAUCUUCCUUCAAUUGUAUCUUCUACAGCUACAAUUCUUCGUCUAUGGAAUGAUACUGGAAUCCAUACGGAUAAGACUCCAGAUGGAAGUGAUCAUUCGUACAUAGAUUACUACAUGAAAGAAGAGAAAACAAGGUCAUCCAAGAGCGCGAGACAUCAUAUAAAUGGAGUAAUUAGUGAAGCCUGGAAUUGUCUGAAUAGAGAAUACAUGUCUUCUGAUUGUGUAUUCUCAAGAGAUUUCAAGUUGGCAUGCCUUAAUUUAGCAAGAAUGGUUCCAAUCAUGUAUAACAAUCAUCAACGUUGCCAUCUCCACUUUUUAUUGAUGAAAAAUAAAUAAUAAAAUUAAACAAAUUCUUAAAUGUAACUGUCUCAUGCUGAGAAUACUCAAUUGGUUUAGUAAAGUGCUUACUUACUAUGUUAUUGUGAUUAAUUAUAGAAAUAUGCUAAUUAUAUGA